GUGGCGCUGAAUAUUUUAUUAGCAAGUUACUAUUUAUUUUGUUGAAAUUUAUUUUUUUCAGUCGGCGCCGGGACGGCUGACAAUUGAGUCGAUAUUGUUGUUUUUCUUACUAAAUUCCAUACACAUACCAGUUGAUUUCUGCAAGUACAAGUAAUGUCUGAGGCGUUGGAGUAAUUUUAAUUGCUUUUUGAGUGAAUAACGGUACCAUGGGUGACAAGGAAGAAGAAAAUAAAUUAGUCGAGCAGACAGAAGAAAAAAUUAGCUGGCCUUAUAUGACAAUAAAGUCAUUUUCAACCUCUUUGAUUUUAAAAGUAGCUACCGUUGGAGCUAUUUGGGGAUGGGGCUACAUGAACUGGAGUAUUGGAUGGCUGCUUCCUCCAGUGAUACUCUCUGUAUGGAAAGUUGAAAAUAGCAGAAGCGCGGAGCUUAAGAGACUUACGGCGCAAGCUGCCGUUAUGGCCAGAGAAAAAGAUGUUAUUACAAGCAGACUCGAUGAAUUACCAUCCUGGGUUUAUUUUCCUGAUUUCGACAGAGUUGAAUGGCUCAAUAAAAUCUUAUAUAAGGUCUGGCCGGGUAUGAAUCAUUUGGUUCGAGAUAUUGUUAAAGAAAAAAUACAGCCGGCUAUUGUUCAAUCCUUAUCAGAAUAUAAAAUGACAGGAUUUCAAUUUGGUCGAUUAGUUCUAGGCAGAAUUCCACCCAAAGUUUAUGGAAUUAAAGUAUACGAAACAAACACUUCAAGAAGUGAAAUUAUUUUAGAUUGCGACAUAUUAUAUGCUGGAGAUUGUGACAUAUCUUUUUCAUUGGGUAAUAUCAAAGGAGGAAUAAGAGAUUUUCAAUUACGUGGAAUGGCUCGUGUUGUUUUGAAGCCAAUGCUAAACGUUGUUCCUCUAGUAGGAGGAUUUCAAUUGUUCUUUUUGAAUAAUCCAUCAAUUGAUUUCAAUUUAGUGGGAAUUGCGGAUGUUCUCGAUUUUCCUGGAUUCAACCAAGCAUUGCGAAAAGUAAUAAAAGAACAGGUUUCCGCGAUUGCAGUAUUGCCGAAUAAAAUAAUCGUGCCAUUGAGCGAAGACGUGCCCGCUGAAGUUUUGAAAAUGCCAGAACCGGAGGGAGUGUUGAGGAUUCAUGUUGUUCAAGCGAAGCAUUUGAUGAAAAAGGACAUCGGAAUGUUGGGCAAAGGGAAAUCCGAUCCUUACGCUGUUAUCAAUAUUGGUGCCCAGGAAUUUAGGACGAAAACAAUCGAUAACACCGUAGAUCCUAAGUGGGACUACUGGUGUGAGGCAAUCAUCAAUACACGAAGCUCAGGACUAGAAGUUGCUAUAAGUCUUUGGGAUUGGGAUCCAAAUUUUCCUGGGGUUGAAACUGACGAUUUACUUGGAAGAGCCAGCAUCGAGGUCAGCAAAGUCAAGAAGAGGGGUACAAUCGAUAAUUGGUUUACACUCGAGUUUGCUAAACAUGGAAUGGUACAUCUCCGAUUGACCUGGUUGAGUCUUUCGAAAAAUGUUGCUGACUUACAGGCUGCGUUAUUGGAAACUCAGCAGCUACGUGUUACAUCAAUGAGUACUGCGAUUUUGACAUUAUUCGUCGACUCUGCUAAAAAUUUACCUUGCCUCCGGGGUAGCAAACAGCCUGAUGUUUAUUUGGAAGCGAGUGUUGGUAAUAAAACAGAGAGAACUGCUACGAUGUUGCGGUCUUGUGACCCGAUUUGGGAGCAAGGGUUCACCUUUUUAGUCGGAAAUCCAGAAACAAGUAGUUUGAAUAUCAGAAUUCUAGAUGACAAAACAGGAUCAGUAGUAGGAACUCUAACGUACAGUAUCUCAAUGUUAAUGACCAAAUUAAAUCUCGAAGACAUGCAGCAUCCUUAUGAUCUCCAGAACGCGGAUCCUGAAAGUAAAGUAAUAAUGUCGAUGUCUUUACACCUUUUAAAAUAUGAAACACCGGAGAUAAAUAUCGAAGAGGAAGAAGACGAAGAGGAUUUCAGUCAGUUGCAGAAAAAAAUCGAGCGUCAAGAAUCUAACAUCAGUUUUUCUCAAGGCAGCAGUGUGCCGUCAACCCCUCUAAAGAAACAACCCUCCAAAGAGUCGAUACACAGCGUCGCAAACAGCACAGUUUCCAGUUCCGCUGCAGUCCCACCUGCAGGCGAAGUUGAAAAAAAUAUUGAGAGCGAAAUGAUAAUCCUAUCGGAGUCUGUGAACAACAGUUCAGCCCACCCUCAAUUAAUUCAACGCCAUUUUAGUAUAACAUCAUCUGCUGGAGACUGGAAACUCGGUAGAAUUCAGCUGACACUCCGUUACAGUGUCCCCCGACAAAAAUUAGUGGUUGUAGUUCAUAAAGUUGCCAACUUACCUCUGCCUUUGAAUGACCCGUCAAAUAUUCCUGACCCGUAUGUAAAACUUUACUUACUCCCAGAUCGGCAUAAGGAAACGAAACGCAAGACAGCUGUUCUCAAGGACAAUUGCAACCCAAUUUACGACGAACAAUUUGAAUAUAUUGUAUCUCAAGGUGACUUGAAUGAACGAAUUCUUGAAAUUUCAGUGUGUACGCAAAAAGCGUGGCUGUCUUCGAGCAACAACAUUAUGGGUCAAGUUCGUAUAAAUUUAUCGGAAAUCGAUGUCACCCAAGCAUUUACAAAUUGGUAUGAUUUGAUGCCAGAGGUAAAAAAAGAGUAAUUUAAAAGUUCUCUAACUUAAUCUCAAAGUUUACUUAACGUUGACGGACUAAUUUUUUUUUAUUAUUAUUAUAAUACUAAUAUAUUAAUAUAAUGCUAAUUUUUAAUAUUAAAUUUGAUUAAAAUGUUUAUAAAAAAAAAAAAAACUAAUGUUAAUAUCAAAGGCAGGCCUUUACUUCAAUUAAUCUAUGCGAAAAUCAUGUUAAACUAAAAAAUAUGUUUACAUAAGAAAUUAAUAAAUAUAACUUUACAAUCAAU